UCUCGCGAAAGCUCCCACGGCUCAGGCCGAGUUCCUCAACAUGGGUUCUUUCCUUUCCCAGCCUUCUGAACCCGCCAAGGUCGUUGUGCCUCCUGAGGCCGCCUCCGCCAAGCCCGCGCCCAUCACAGCAUCCCGAGAGCCGACCUCUCCAGCGCAAGACUCUCCAUUUAAAAGCUGCUGGAGUUGUCGCGUGCUUUCCGGGUCGGGGCUGAUAGGGGCGGGCGGGUACGUGUACUGGGUCGCGAGGAAGCCCUUGAAGCUGGGAUACUCCCCGAGUCCAGGGACUAUUGCGCAGAUGGUCUUCGGCAUCAGCAUUGCUUGUUGGGGUGUAAUCAUCCUGUCAGACCCCAAAGGGAAGGCCUUCCGUGCUGGUUGAAGAUACUACCGGUGUAUUUGUCAUCUCUGUGUGUCAUCAUGACACACAGAGCAAGCAUGGCUCUUAUGGAUGUUCUGGACAGACACAUGGACAUUGACAGACUUCAAUCCAGCAUGUAUUGCAAGACUGAAAGGACAAACAUGAGUUGUCAUUCAAGGGCCAUGAAUGUUUGUGGCUUUCUUUUCAGGUUCCAUAGGGACCAAUAAAUCCCUCAGAGAAGAGA